GACAGCUGCGCAUAAAACGUGAAGAAGUAGACGUCAUAUUUCAGCUAUCUCGUAUUGCAGAUUCACUGGAGCAUGUAUAGCCGUAGGUAGUACAUAGAAAUCUUACUACCUUCGUUACCUAAGGACAAAACGGUAAGAUUUUGGGAAUCUAAGACUGACUAAAGAUUCUGUUUAUUUGCAGUGUGUUCAUUAUCACGUGUAACCAGAGACAGGAGUACCAAGUUUCCGUAAAUAAGUAGAAAACACUAUUUUAUUCGUCGUCUUUACCAUUUUAUUACGAUUAAAGAUGUAGCUACGAAGAAACACUAUCUGUGAAAAGAUAUUUCAGUAAAACUAUGAGCAGUGACUAUCAACAUGGCAGACGUCUUCUCAGUGAGUUUACACGCUAUUAGUGGCGGGAACACUUUUCCCAGGAAGACAGCGAACCGGACGGGUAACUUCAGCGGUGAUGACGAAUGGGGGGAGUCUGGAACACAGAGUCUUCUCUCUCUACUGACAGUGAUCGGGACGAGCCUUUCAAUUGUCGGUGUUGUAUUGGCCUUUAUCACGUACACUCUUUUCUCUGAUCUCCGUACGGUCAGCGGCACGUCCUUGUUGAACCUGCUGACCGCUCUCUUUCUGUCCCACCUGCUCUCCGUCAUCAGCGUGGAGAAGGUGGAUGACCACGGACUCUGUCUGACCCUGGCCUUUCUGCUCCACUACCUGUGGUUAUCCGUACAUUGUUGGCUAACCGUUAUGGCCCGAGACAUGUUCCACACUUUUCGCGACAACGUCAACCUGCAACUGUCACCGCUAACGGAGAGCCGCAAGUCGAUUCUCAAGUGUAUUAUCUUCGCCUGGGGCUUACCCGGUGCUCUGACCUGCUUAACGGCACUUCUCCACACCAAAGACCAAUCUGACAAGCAACCUUUUGUGGUUCCAACUUGCUGGCUCGUCGAUAACGUCUCCCUAAUUUACACUUUCGUGUUGCCCGCUGCUGUGCUGAUUGUAGCCGACCUGGCCUAUUUCGUCCACUCGGCUGUCGUAAUUCGCUACACCGCUAGCAUGCAGAUGAACCGCCGUACGGCCCAGAAAAUGAGGAGUCGCCGUUACCUUCAGCUGUUCCUCUACCUAAAGCUUGUACUAUUCCAGAUAGUCACUUGGAUGUGCUGUCUGCUGGCCCAGCUUGCUGACUUAUUCUCUCUUUGGUUCGCCUUCUCCGUGUUAGCCUCUCUUCAGGGGUUCUUCGUGGCCAUGGCAUACAGCUGUAACUCGAAUGUUUUCCGGCUCUACAGCAAGUCUCUGAAGGAGAGCCGAACUAAGAAGAAGGUUCGCAGCCCGCUGCGGCAAAAACGCUCUACGCACUUUGGACCUGUGGAUGCGUUAUAA